UUCAGCACCGACACCCGUCUAAGUACAUUACUUUUUGCGCUGCUUGUUUCAGCAGACUUUAUAUCACUUUGCCUUCACCAUGUUAAGGAUGCUAAGGAGACACCAGAUCCACCCGGGUAUGAUUUUAAUACUGGUCUGGCUUUGUCAUUUCAUUGAGGACCAGAAAGUGCAAGCUGGCAACUGCUGGCUGCAGCAAGGGAAAAACGGAAGGUGCCAGGUUCUCUACAUGCCUGGGAUGAACAGAGAGGAAUGUUGUAGGAGUGGUAGGCUCGGAACGUCCUGGACAGAGGAGGAUGUUCCCAACAGCACGCUGUUCAGGUGGAUGAUCUUUAACGGCGGGGCUCCCAACUGCGUACCUUGCAAAGAGACGUGUGACAACGUGGACUGUGGCCCGGGCAAGAGAUGCAAGAUGAAUCGCAGGAGCAAGCCACGCUGCGUCUGUGCCCCGGAUUGCUCCAACGUCACCUGGAAAGGGCCCGUGUGUGGCUCAGACGGAAAAACCUACCGCGACGAGUGCGCCCUGUUGAAAUCCAAGUGUAAAGGCCACCCGGACCUGGAGGUCCAGUACCAGGGCAAAUGCAAGAAGACAUGCCGUGACGUGCUUUGCCCAGGCAGCUCCACCUGCGUGGUUGACCAGACCAACAACGCCUACUGCGUGACCUGCAACCGCAUUUGCCCCGAGGUCACCAGCCCGGACCAGUACCUGUGCGGCAACGAUGGCAUCGUCUACGCCAGUGCCUGCCACCUGCGAAGGGCCACCUGCCUGCUCGGCCGCUCCAUUGGUGUGGCCUAUGAGGGCAAGUGCAUCAAGGCAAAGUCGUGCGAUGACAUCCAGUGCAGCGCGGGGAAGAAGUGUCUGUGGGAUGCCCGCAUGGGCCGAGGCCGCUGCGCCCUCUGCGAAGAGGCGUGCCCGGACAGUCGCUCCGAGGAGGCUGUGUGCGCCAGCGACAACACAACCUACCCCAGCGAAUGCGCCAUGAAGCAGGCAGCUUGCACACAGGGCGUCCUCCUGGAGGUUAAGCAUUCGGGAUCUUGCAAUUCUACCAUGUAUUCUUCCAUCUAGCCAUCACAGAAGACCAGGAAGAGGAGGAGGAUGAGGACGACCAGGACUACAUGGCUUAUAUUCAUUUAUCCCCACUCCUGGAUGGAUAAAACACACUAAUAGAAAAUCAAUCACUCACACACUCCCCAUACAACCCUUAUCACCGCCGGCGGAACUCUCCAUCGUGGGGCGAGGAAAAUCUGUUUAUACUGUACAUAUGUGUAUGCUUAUUUAUUUUUGAAAAGAAAAAGGAAGUAUACAUAUAGUCCAGUCUGCUAGAUGUUUAUUUAUGCAGUGUUUUAUUUCCCUUUGUUGGAUUUAUAAUUUAUACAUUUACAGUGUCUGGCUUACUAUCAAUCAUGUUUUAUUUUGAGGUUUGUGAGAGGGUGUGAAUGCUAUGUGUGUGUGUGUGCGUGCGUGUGCGUGUGUGUG